GACAAGCAGCGCAAUGUCGUAUAAUACGGCAACGAAAAGUUUGGUCUCGCGACGAGAAUCGGAGUCACAUAGAAGUAUACCAAUGGGUCAUGGAUAUAUUUUUAUAUCCAUGGACCAUUAAUAUACUAUGUAUCCCUCUCAAGCAACGAAUUGAAGUGCAGUAUACGCAAAACUUUUCGUCGUUAAAAUGUAGAACAGGUGUCCAACAGACAGAUCCAUUCCGAAAGAUCGUGCAAGUUUGCAAGAAACGAUCCAUGGGUGAUAAUAAUUAUAACCUCGAGUCCUCGUCGAAUGAAGAUGACGAUAAUGAUGAUUUUUCGGAUAUAAAUACAUUUGACACAAAGUUCUUCUUAAGCGGUGGCAACAAAUUUUAUAACGUACAAUCUUGGGACGACUCAAAUAGCAAUCGGAAUCGAUGGAAUGAUCAGAGAAAUGGUAAUAGUCAACGCUAUUCCUUUAAUUAUACAAACGGAAACAGUAGAAAUGCACGUUCCCCUAAUCGUAGUAGCAACAGAGAAAAGCUUCUCUCUGGUAACAAUAAUAAUCACAAUUUUGAUUACUCCGAUGCAGUUACCAGAUCAAGUUAUAAUCAAAUGUAUAAUACCAAUUCUGAAAAUAACAAGGAGCGAGAACAAGCCUGCCUUAUCCAAUGUUUCUUCAAUGAAUUAAAUAUAGUGGAUCAAAGGGGAUUUCCCAAUCAAGACUCAAUUAUUCAGCUUAUGACACAUAAUUUACGUAAUUCGGAGUUGCAAGACUUUAUAGUUGAAGCCAUUGUAGAAUGUUUUCAUUAUUUGGGUUUUGAUAUGAAGCAAGACAAGUGUUAUUAUUCACAAAAUCUUCUAACUUGCCUGAACGAAAAAGGAAAGGAAAGAUGCGAGGAUUGGCAUAAUUAUUAAUAUUGUACAAGUAUUUUAAUAGUCAAUUAGCUAAUAAACUCUAAAUAAAAGGACAAGAAGUAGAGGAAAUUAAUUAUUCUUAUAAAAAUGUGAUUUAAGGAAAAAUACUACAAUUAUUAUGAGAAACACUAUAGGACAUAUAAUGAUUGUAAAAAGAUAUAUAAUAAAUUAAUAUAUUAUUAA